UCUUCUGUCCCGUGACCGGAAGUUUUUUGUGUGUGCUUCUUGUGAGGAAACGCGGAAGCGCCAGACAGCUGCUGGAGGAGAGAGAUGGGCUGCGACGGGGGAACCAUCCCCAAGAGACACGAGCUGGUGAAGGGGCCUCGCAAGGUCGAGAAGGUUGACAAAAAUGCAGAAUUAGUGGCCCAGUGGUACUAUUGCACUCUGAGUCAAGAGAAGUUAAGCAGACCAAUCGUUGCUUGUGAACUUGGCAGGCUUUAUAACAAAGAUGCAAUCAUUGAAUUUUUGUUGAAUAAAUCUUCUGAUAAAGUCCUUGUGAAGGCUGCAGCUCACAUCAAAAGUAUUAAGAAUGUCAUAGAACUGAAUCUCACAGACAACCCAGCUUGGACUGGUGACAAGGGUAAUACAAAAGGAGAUAAAUAUGACGACAUCCAGAGUGCACGUUUUAUUUGCCCUGUUGUGGGAUUGGAAAUGAAUGGAAGGCAUAGGUUUUGUUUCCUGCGGAACUGUGGGUGUGUGUUCUCUGAACGUGCUCUCAGAGAAAUUAAAACAGAAACUUGUCACAAGUGUGGGAUCCCUUUUCAAGAUGAUGACGUGAUUGUACUUAAUGGCACUAAAGAGGAUGUUGAAGUGCUGAAAAGAAGAAUGGAAGAGAGGAGGCUUAAGAGCAAACUGGGGAAGAAAUCCAAGAAAUCUAAGGCAGCAGAGACCAUUGUGAAGCCUGAUACUAAGGAAGAUUUACCUGGACCAUCUCAAGUAAAUACUGAAAAGGAUGCCACAACAAUUAAUUCUGGAGAAAAGAGGAACAUUGCAUUUUGUAAAGGUUCAGCCGAUAAUGAAAGUGCAUUGUCUUUAUCUGAAAGAGGCAGCAACAAAAAUGCAUCUGGCCCUCCCAAGCGAUCCAUUGCAAACAGUGAGGAAAAAUCGGAAGCGUACAAAUCGAUCUUUACUUCCCACAGCUCAGCCAAACGCUCCAAGGAAGAGUCUUCCAAUUGGAUUACUCACACAGCCUACUAUUUCUGAAGCAGAAAAGUAUCUGUUGCUCUUUCCCUCCUCUCACUUUUCCUCUUAAAAAUGAGGUCUUUGUAACUGAGUAUUAUGCAGUUUGUGAUCAAUGUAAUAGCUCAUGUAUUCCUGUACAACAGAACUGUAGAUAAUUAAAAAAAAAACAGGUAGCUGAACCUGGCUUGGUUCUUAAACGGGGAAGGGAUUUGAACAAGUACUGAUCUGUAGCCUCACCUCUGUUACCCUUUAUUGCAUAUUGAUUAUUGCACUGCUCCUGCUUUGUUUGAAUAAUGGAAGCACAUGUGUCCUAUUAGUACAGAAGCAGAUGCCCUCACAUCACCCAGUGUCUGACAGACAUCCCAUCUACCACUCCUGAUUUGAUGGGAAAUUGUAGGCUGGGGACUUAGAAACGUAAGGUAGGAGCCCAGCAUUAGCACUUCCCUGCUUGGUUAUUUUCUUAGAGAUGUUACAAGAUGCAACAUGGGAAGGCUUCAGCUGAAUGAGAACAUUCCACCAUCCACUUUUGCAAGUGCCGCAGUCAAAUGUCUAUGAAGUCUGUGGGGUGAUGGAUCACGCAGAGGCCUUUGCAGGCUGUCCUGGCUCACCCACCUGUUGCAGGUAUAUCUCUUACCAAGUUUUCAUAUGGGGAUUGCGAAAUAUUUACUUCUAAUUUCCAUUCGUGUACUUUGUCAAAGAAAACGAAGCCUAUUUUUUAAAUUUUCUGACAUCUUGUCCUUACAAAUAAAACCUUGCUUCUCAUAAA